UCAGCGGGCUGGUAACCGCUGGAGAGGGAGAGAUUGGAGCUGUAGAGGAGGCUGAGGAGCAGGAGCGCUGCAGUUCGCGAGGGUUUUGGUGUUUUUAGGGUUUUUAGAGACGGUUUAGGACAGUGGUGGAUCUUCAGAUCAGAAUGGGAGGGAAGAAGGAAGAGCAGCAGGCUGAGUAUGGUGAAGCUGCCCAAUUUGAUCCGACAUUCAAUGGACCAAUUCAUAAUAGGAGCUGCACUGAUAUCAUCUGCUGUGUGCUGUUCAUGCUGGUGGUUGUCGGCUACAUGGUGGUGGGAAUUCUAGCGUGGCUGUAUGGAGACCCCCGCCAUGUGCUCUACCCUCGUAACUCCACCGGCAUGUUCUGUGGCAUCACACCUAACCAAGAUAAGCCAAAUGUGUUUUAUUUUAAUAUUCUUCAAUGCGCCACUGCCACCAACAUCAUGGCUGCAUCACUGCAGGGUCUACAGUGUCCCACCAAUCAGAUCUGUGUGAAGUCGUGCCCACAGGAUUUCUGGGUUCUGAAUCCUCUGGCGUAUUCACCUGGAGCUAAGAUGUCUGAUUAUUUUAAUCAGGAUCUGUGUUUGCCGUCCUUCGACCUCAGCAAGACCACACUGACGGCGACAGAGAUCAUUGACAAGCAGCUGUGUCCUUACUUCUACACCCCCACCACCUCAGUUUUGGGGAGAUGUUUGCCCAGUUUUGGAAUGGCAGCAACUGAUGGCAUCCCUACUAACUUCUCUUACCCCGGGAUGACCCACAAUCAGACUGUGAAUACCAUCAAAAACGCCACGAGUGGAGGAGUGUAUACAGCUGAUCUGGUGCAGGGGUUUAAUGCUCGGGACGUUGGCGUGAGGAUAUUUGCAGACUUUGCCUCCACAUGGCAGUGGAUUGUUCUUGGGAUGGUGAUAGCAAUGGUGGUCAGUCUGCUGUUUCUGCUGCUGUUGAGGUUUUUAGCAGGAAUCCUGGUCUGGAUUCUCAUUCUCGGAGUUCUGGCUGUGGGAGCUUUCGGUAUAUGGUACUGCUAUAAUGAGUACAUGCAGCUGGCGAACUCCACCCUCACCUACAACAGCGUGGGCUUCACCACCAACGUUAACGUCUACCUGCAGAUCAGAGACACCUGGCUGGCCUUCUUGAUAAUACUCAGUGUGGUCGAGGGGGUUCUGUUGCUAAUUCUGAUCUUCCUGAGAACCAGAAUCCUCAUAGCCAUCGCCCUCAUCCAGGAGUCCAGCAAGGCUGUGGGUUACAUGAUGUCCACGCUGGUCUAUCCUCUCGUGACCUUUGUGAUGCUACUGGUGUGUGUUAGCUACUGGGGAAUUACCGCACUAUAUCUGGCCACGUCUGGAGGACCCAUAUACAACGUCGUAGCUCUGAACACUUCAGUUGGAGACUGCAGCGGCAUCACCGGCAACCAGAGCUGCGACCCACUGUUAUUUAACGGUACGGAAUACCCAGCCUGCCCCUCUGCUCGCUGUGUGUUUAUAAAGUACAACACAGAGGGUCUGUUCCAGAGGAAUAUCUUUAAUCUGCAGAUCUAUAACGUGAUCGCCUUCCUCUGGUGCGUGAACUUCGUCUUGGCUCUGGGUCAGUGUACGCUGGCCGGAGCCUUCGCCUCCUACUACUGGGCUUUCCACAAACCAUCUGACAUCCCAAUGUUCCCACUGAUCUCCUCCUUCAUGAGAGCACUGCGGUAUCACGUGGGCUCUCUGGCGUUCGGCGCUCUGAUUCUGACUCUGAUCCAGCUGGUCCGGAUCAUUCUGGAAUACAUCGACCACAAGUGCAGAGCUGCUCAGAACCCGUGUGCUCGGUUCCUGAUGUGCUGUUUAAAGUGCUGCUUCUGGUGUUUGGAGAAGUUCAUCAAGUUCCUCAACAGAAACGCUUACAUCAUGAUCGCUAUAUACGGUAAAAACUUCUGCGUUUCAGCCAAAAACGCCUUCCUCCUGCUGAUGAGGAACAUUUUGAGAGUGGUGGUUCUGGAUAAGGUAACAGAUAUGCUGAUGUUCUUCGGGAAGCUGCUGGUUGUUGGUGGAGUCGGUGUUCUGGCGUUCUUCUUCUUCACUGGUAAAAUUCAGGUUCCAGGAUCUUCAUUCCAGGCCUCCGCCUUAAACUACUACUGGAUGCCCAUCAUAACGGUGGUGGCGGGAGCGUAUCUGAUCUCUAACGGGUUCUUCAGCGUUUAUAACAUGUGUGUGGACACCCUGUUCCUCUGCUUCUUGGAGGAUCUGGAGAGGAACGACGGCAGCGCUGAGAAACCGUACUACAUGUCCAAGAACCUGAUGAAGAUCCUCAACAAGAAGAACAAACAGCCCAAAAACUGAAGAGGAGGAGGAGCUUCAUCCUCAGAUCCUGCAGAGCACUGUCACUUUUAUCCACUAAAAUCACUCUCUGAUCCUGAACAAACUUUCAGAUCAAAAUCACCAUCAUCUUCCUCCUCUCAGAUCCACUGAUACUGACCUCUGACCUUUAACUUUAUAAACUGUAUUAAACCAAAGAUUUACAGCCUUUACUGCACUUAAAAACACUUAACAAUAAAAAUAAGAUUCUCAGAGUUCUAGCAGGGGUUCUUAGGGGUUAUAACAAUAGAGGAUUCUCUUUAAGUGCAAUAUAGAACCUUUUUUAACAUUGGAUUUGUCAAAAAUUCAGUCCCUUUAUGUAAAGAAAUUGUUCUAAACAAAGUUGUUGAAGUUUAUAGAACUUUGGUUUCCAACUCCAGUACUAAAAGCUCAUUUUUAUAGCUGAUUUUAGUGGAUCCCAGUUGAAAGAUGAGUUGGGAACUGGGUAACCACUAAAAAAGAACCUUAAAGAACCCGUUUUCAGAAUGUUCUUCUGUAAACUGGACCAAUGAGUGAAGAUCUAGUAAUAUGGAGAUUUAAAGCUGACAAAAGUUUUUAAAUCUGUAUUUUGUAUAAUUAAAAUGACCUUAAAUGACUUUCUAACAAUUAGAAAUAUUUAAUACUGUAAAUAAAUAAUACUUAUAAAUUUCAACAAUGGCAAACAAAGUGUUUACAAAGUGGCUUGAAUUUGCGAAUUGGUAAAAUUUGCUGUUAAAAAUAUAUAAAAAUUUCAAAUAACAACUUACAGUUUUUAUAUUAAGAAAUAAAAAAAAAUGUUUAUGAACUCAAAUCUCAGAGAUUGGAACUCAGAAAUAAAAAUCUUAAAAUAAAAGAUCUUAUACCUGGGGGAUAUAUAUUCAAAUGUUUGGAAUCUGACAAUUUAUGAAAAUUGUACAAAAAUUUAAACAGCAAAUUUCAUCACCUCACACUUCCAAAAAAUUGUUAAAAUUAGUUUGAAUUGUUAAAAUUUAAAUGUAUAGAUUCCAGCAUUGAAUAUUUUUGUAUUAAUUUACCGUAUUUAGGACUAAGACUAAUGUCUCAACUAAUUCUUUAUUAUUUGAGCACUUUUUUUGAGAAAUAAAUUAUACUUUAAAUUUUAACUAUAAAAAAUAUCACAUUUUAAAAUAACUUACAAUUUUUAGAUUUAGAAGAUUCAGAUUCAUUUAUACUUGUUUAGAUUAAAAAGAAAUUGAAUCAUAAAUUAAAAUCUCAGAAAUUAGAACUUGCACCAGAAGUGAAAUAACUGAUAAAUUGAUUAGAAUUUUUGAAACAUGAAAAUUCAUUAAUUACAUUUUUUAAAAAUAACAUUUAAAUUUCACAACCUCAAGUCAAACAAAAGAAAAACGAUUAAAUAGUUGAAAUUAAAUUUUAUAAAAUACGGCAUUGCAUAUUUUUCUAACACUUUCCAAUAAUUAAUAGUACAUUAAUUAACAGUACUUUUGACAGAAUGACUCUAGUAAUUAUUAAUUACCACUAGUUAAGACAUUAUUAUUCAGUACGUUUUUUACUGUUGUCUCAAUUCUUUAUAACUUACAACAUUUUUUAGCAUUAAAAUUUAGUCAUGUUUAAAAAUUUAAUAAAUGUCUUAAAUAGUAUUAAUAAUUAUUAGAGACACUUUUCUAACCAUUUUAAACCAUGUUUAUUACUGUUAAGUACUGUUAAUUGCGACCCUUAUCAAAUAUUUUAGGUAAAUUUAAUAAAAAUAUACCAUAUACAGAUUUAAAUACUUGAAUUUGAAUUAGAAUACAGCAUUUAAACUCUAUAUAAGUCUAAACACUAUUGUUCCUACAGCUACGGCUCUUCUUUUCUGAGCACUCUGUGUAAUUCUAGCGUACUUUUAGUUUUAGUACUGAAUUUAGCCAAAAUUGUUCUUUUUUUUUUUUUUUUUCCCCUCAUCUUGGAUCACUUUUUGUCUUAUUCUUCACCCUCUAUAGCCAAUAGGCUUGGAGUAUUUAGAUUAAAGGACGUUUCUGUGCGUUUCUGUUGUGCAAUUCACAGGAUAUUAAAAUAAAAAUGUACUUUUGGUCCUGUAAAACUGAUUUCAACACAAAACUUGAAACUGUUGUACUUUUAAUAUUUCAGUUACUGAAUCUCAUCUUUUUUUUUUCAGAAACACUGAUUUUCAAUGUCUCCUGUUUGUUAAAAAAUACAGAAAAAUACCAAAAAAAGACUAAAUAAAGCCAUUAUUUGCCACAGUGUACACUAUAUAGCUUCCACCACUUUUAGUGCCAGAACGAUGUUUUAUUUUUAAAAAUGAAUAAAGAGUAGUUUUACACUGUUUUACAGCCGUUUCUGAUUCAGACGUUUAUGAAGGAUGUGAUUGGUCAAUUAAGUGCCUUUAAAUGAUUUGUAUAUUUAUGUCAUUGGAGUUUAACAGAGUUUAAGUAUAUAUGAAUGGAAAUAUAUUUAAUAAAAUGUUGAGAAUAAA